AUGUUCACCUGGGCCUUGGUCCUGGCUUCGGAUUGCGAUGGGCAUUUCGAGGCCUUCGAGUCCAGCUGCGCUAGGCGACCUGCGUCGGAACUUAUGGGGAGGAUGUUGGCAAGCAUCUACACCUUGGCAUUGCUGCUGCUGGUGCUUCUGGCAACGGCCCUGCCGCUCUUCAUGGAACAGUGGAUGCAAAGGAGCUUCAAGAUUGCUGUGCAGCGGCUGUUGAAGCAAGUUUUCACCCUAUCCUUCUUGAUGUUCGUGUUCCAGGCCAAAAUCAUUGGCUUCUAUGUCAUCAACGAGCUGCGCUACGGCGGCGCCAAAUACAUUAGCACUGGGAGAAGUUUGCCAACAGAGCGUCGGCAUUUCAUCCGGGCCAAGCCGGAGUCAGAUGAGUUCGACGGUCUCUACUUAGACUACGCGAUGCAAGCAUUCUACGAUGGGCUCAUUCUCCUGAUCGCCUCUGUAAUGGUUGUUGGCCUGGGAGGAAUGAGUUCAGUUAAUGUCUACCGACAUCGACUUUCGCCGGUGUGGGUCUGUAUUGGACUGACAAUUAUCUCUUGGCUCUAUGCACCUUUCAUCUUCAAUCCGCACCAGUUCGCCCGUCGCCAGAUAGAGGAAGACAGGAGAAGCCUGUGUGCUUUUUUCUUCAAGAAUUGCGGCCGUGGGUGGAUCCGCUGGUAUGAGGAAUGUCAGCUGAAGCCACGUACUGGAUUGAGUAUAUCCAUGCUGGACUUCAAUUUCUUGUUCGUGUUCUUGGGCGUAUCUGUCUGGUUUGCAGUGGUCAAUCACAAGGUUAGCAUGCUGCAAGUGAUUUUUUCCAAGCACGCCUUCAUGGAAGAGGUGGCGGCGCUGACAUUACUUCCUCCAGUCGUUUUCUCUAUGGUCUUUUGCAUGUUAGCCACCCUCGGGUGUAGUUUCACCAGCUGUAUCAGGAGGAGCUGCAAAUCUACUUUGCAGUCGAGCUGGGACCAGUUGAGGAUACUGCUUCCGGCAUUGACGCCGGUGGUUAUGCUUCUGCAAAUUGCAGAAGCUGCUCUUUGCUUGGACAUCCUUCGGAACACUGGCCGAUGGAAAGACUACAUCGCAGGGUUCAUCCUGAAAUAUCUCCUCCUGGAGGUGAUGAUAUACCUUGCUGAAGGCCUACUGCGCUCGCGCUGUGCAAGAGGUAGAUGUUGCCAACCGGCACAUGGGCUUCAGGCAGUCUACUUCUGGGUACUGACAAACCGAAUGUUCAGGGACAUGAUCACUUCGACAGUGAUCAUAGUUCCCUUGCUGAUCCUCAGCUACUUCAACAGCGCCUUUCGGCGCCUCUGCAGCUCGUUCGACCUGCAUGAGUUUCUGAUCUAUCGCAGUACUGGCCAUCGAGCUCGUCGCAGAUCUUCGGUGUGUGGGGAUUCGGAAUCAGAGAUCAGUGAGCCGACAAGUGCGGAGACAGGCGCCGAGACAAGCAGCAGCGAUGAGGCAGCACCUCUCCCAGUGAGGGCGAGAUGA